GAGGAGACCUCGGCAUUUUGUCAAGCAAGUGCACCCUGAAUCGUGAGCGAAGAAAAUAUAUUUAAGUUAUUUAUUUUUCGUGUCGUUAAGAUAAAGAGGUGUGCGCAAGAGCCGGAGCAAAUGGUCGUCUCUGGUGAAGGAAACCGUUUUUGGAUUAAAAACACUUUAUUCCGGCAGAGGGGGAUCCUUUAGUUUUUCUCUUCUGCAAAAUUGUUGGACGGAAUUAUGACGGAGUAUGAAAAGGCGAGUUUAUAACCUUUGAAGUGAAGUAUUUUUCUUUGCCAAAGCUUGUGCCUCAGAUUUUUGGGGAGAUGAUUCUAAAGAGCUUUGCACUCUGAAAUAACGGGACAUGGCACUGAGGGAAAUUGUCUGAGGUGACGAGUGGUGGAGAUCAAGCCUCAUGGAUAUAGACCUACGCACUGACUGGAGUUGAUUUAUCUGUGGAAGACCUGCUGCAAAUGGCUGCCCUGCCUGUGUCGCCAGGAUGGACAACAGGAUUGUCAAUAGGAUGCGGCCUGAAAAAUAUCGGCAAGUGAAGAUGUCACCUCCGCCAGUGUGAAAUCAAUGGGGAAUACUUGCCAUGCGAAGAGCCUUUGAAAGUUUUGACAGCCGCGUGUUUGGGAGGCCUGAUACUUUGCCUUUGAUUGCACCCCUUCCUGUGUGUGGAUCUAAAGUGGAUUGUUGCUGCUAGCGCUGUGGUGUGAUUAGCCCUUUUAGUGUGUGUGUGUCUACUGGUGUGGCAGAGGGAGCAUGCCCCUGCAGAGACCUGGCUGUCUGAAGCUGUACCCUGCCUGGAGGGCCAUGCAGCCCCGGCUGGGCAUAGGCCUGGGUCUGGGCCUGGACCUCACCUUCCUGCUGUGGAUACUGAGCCUAGCACAGCAGGCCCUGGUCACGGCCUCUCAGAAACUGGACGAGACGGACCCCGUGGUCACCACCGUCUACGGCAAACUGAGGGGCGUCAAGAAGGAGCUCAACAAUGAGAUCCUGGGACCCGUCAUCCAGUUCCUGGGGGUGCCUUAUGCCGCACCCCCCACGGGCGAGAGGCGCUUCCAGCCCCCAGAGCCACCCAUCUUUUGGCCGGAGGUCCGCAACGCUACGCAGUUCGCCCCUGUCUGCCCCCAGACCAUCGUGGAGGGGCGUUUGCCGGACGUCAUGCUGCCUGUGUGGUUUACUAACAACCUGGAGAUAGUGUCUUCUUACGUACAGGACCAGAGCGAGGACUGCCUUUUCUUAAACAUAUAUGUUCCCACUGAGGAUGACAUCCGUGAAAGCGGCAGCCCUAAGCCUGUGAUGGUAUUCAUCCAUGGGGGAUCCUACAUGGAGGGCACUGGGAAUAUGUUUGACGGCAGCAUCUUGGCAAGUUACGGCAAUGUUAUCGUCAUCACAGUGAACUAUCGGCUUGGAGUAUUAGCCUGA